ACGUUGACUGGGGAGGAAACGCUGCGGAUUAUUCAUGAAGGGCAACAGGAGUAAACUGGUGGCCGACUUCAAGAAGUUUGGGGACCAGACCACCUUCCAUGGUCUCCGCUAUGUCACCAACAACACGUAUCACAGUGUGCGCAGAUUGAUAUGGCUAGCGGUAGUCCUUGGCAUGACAACUUGGCUAGUCAUCAACAUUAUAAGAGCCGUUGUAUAUAUGUUCCAGUAUCCUGAGACUAGCUCCAUCUCCGUCAACUACGUGCCCAACAUCACCUUUCCUGCGGUAACCCUCUGCAACUUCAACCAGUACCGGAAGGACGCCUUGGACGCCCGUGCCAUCAAAAUACUCGCCAAAGUCUUUGGCAAUCCGGCCCUGAGGGAGAGCAUCGACCUCGACGUCAGCGACGUGAAACUCUUCCCUACCACCAACCAGGCGAAUGUGACCGCGACGACAGUGCAGGCCACGCACCAGAUCGAGGACAUGCUGGUGGAUUGCCACUGGAGGACCGAGCCCUGCUCCCACCUGAAUUUCACCCAACGUUUGACGGACUACGGAGUUUGUUACACGUUCAACGACGACCUUGCUGGCCUGGGGGAUGUGCUGACGAUACAGAACCCUGGGGCAAGCAAUGGGCUUCACCUGCGGUUGAAUAUCCAGCAGGAUCUCUAUACUUUUGGAGAGAGCACGGCAGCGGGGAUGAAGGUAUUACUGCAUCCCCAAGGCGAGUUCCCCAUCAUGAAAGAAUUUGCAUUCUCUCUUUCGCCUGGUUUUGAGACAUCUGUUGCGGUUAGAAAAGAGACGGUAACAAGCCUUAAGGCACCAUACAAGUCAGACUGCAUAGACGGCUCGUUGAAAGAAUUCCCCUACAAGUAUUCCGUUGCAGCUUGUCAACUGGAGUGCAGGGCGCUUUACGUCAUCGAUAAGUGUGGCUGUCGAGACAUCAGGUGGCCAGCUUCUGCCGAAAUCUGCACCAUUUCACAGAUGGCAUCGUGCGUCCAUGACUAUGAAGAGGAGUUUCUUUCACGUGGCGAGCGGUGCCACUGCCCCAUGGCCUGCGAGACAACUACCUACCAGAGUAAGCUUUCUCUAGCCUAUUGGCCAGCUGGAUAUCUAACUGCCGAAUUGCAAGCUAAAAGAAACCUGACAGAGGAUUUCAUCAGGAAAAACUACAUAGAUGUGUACAUAUAUUUCGAGGAAAUAAUGUACAUGGCAAUAGAGCAGAAGAUGGCCUACACAAUCGACAACGUCCAAAGUGACAUAGGCGGGUAUCUGGGACUGCUUUGUGGCAUGAGUUUGAUAACACUGGUGGAGUGGGCUGAUUUCAUCUUGAUUACCCUCUACAAGAGAUGUCGACGACUGGCAUCGAGAAGGAUCUCCACCUAGGUGUGGAUUUUCUGUUAGAGCAUACAGUUAUUUUAUUACUGUUGUUUUUAAGGUCUCUACUUUAUCUCCGGCUUUGCUCUGGCAUGUGCAAUAAUUAAGUAUUUACCCUUGGAAAUGAAAGAUUUUCCAAGAAAGAGCUUUUUAUCUGGAAGUGUGUCAUUUCUGCAGAAUAAAUGGCUGCUUCUCAGCCAGUGCCGGUGCUCGGUUAUACUACUAAUUGGGCGUUGCACAAUAGUGUGCGUCCAACAGUUUCCACAGCUUUGACCAAUCACAUUGCGCGAAAUCUGUCUACCCAAUGCGCGUAACGAAAGCGGGGGUGUUAGGUAACAAUAGUCUAGAGUGUGUAUGGGAUUGGACACGUAAGGGGGUACUGCUCCGUCCUAUAUCUUGCCUGGUAUAAGCUCAGGAAACACAACCCAGACACCACUUGACGAUUCGCAUGCAGAAUUUGCGGUUGAUGAGCAUUGAUUUGAUAGUUAACAUUGGCGGCUACAUACACUGCAGUGCAAUACAUUUGUGAAGGUUACCAUUGUCAAUAAAAUAAGGUUUAUCAUGGGGUCACCGUCUGUCAAGAAACGUCCAGUUGAACUAUAGUCUUUGUACAGUUUCUGAAAGAUGUAUAAUUGUUGUUUUGGUCAUCCAAAACAAUUUUGAUACUUACAUUAAACAAAUUGAAUGAUUUAAAAUAUUUCGGCCAAUGAAAAUGGUUACAGCCUAACAGAAAAUAUUGUUGUAUAUUUUCUUGGUCUUAGAAUUUACUUGCUACAAAUGUAUUAAAUAAUUAUGUGUCAGUUAUCAUUUACUCGUCAAGGUUGGCGGUUUGAUUUCCACAAAUCUGUCAAAAUUUUUAAAAAGGAACGUAAAUAUGUUAUAAAGACAUUCAGUUGUAUACUAAAGUAGAACGAAACCAUUUGGGGUAACAUUCUCCGUGCCUUCGUGUGUUGCCUUUUGCCAUUUUUGUUUCUAAUCGCUCAGUGCAUUUUCAUGCAUAAUACCUCCACCCACUUUAAAGGCAUUCAGACAUGUAAUAAAUGGUAACAGUCUGGACAAUGCCAAUUUCAAAGACUGCAAAAAUCUUUUUAA